AUGGGGAGUGUCAGCUGGGAUGGGCUCCAGGUGCGUCCUCAGGGCACUGGGCAGCUCUCAGGCCAGGCUCCCCGGACUCUGGUGGGUGAUGUGGUCACUCCCGAGGCACUGCUUGCCCUGGAGGUGAAGCAAAGAUGGCAGGAAAUAAAACGCAGUGACAAGUGGCUAAAGAUGCUUGGAGACUGGACAAAAUAUGGGAGCAGCAAGAAGCUGUCUCAAAAUGUGUACAAAGGCAUUCCCCUGGUGGUACGGGGCUGGGUGUGGUCACUCCUGCUAGACAUUGACAAAGUGAAGGCUGAGAACCCAGGGGAAGACAAGGUCAUGAAGGAGAAGGGCAAGAGGCCCUCCAGGAUCACCCACUGCAUCAAGGUAGAUGUCAGCCACACCCUACAGAACCAUGUGAUGUUUAGAGAAUGAUUCGGAGUCAGGCAGCAGGAAUUAUGUGACAUCCUCAUGGCCUAUUCUGCAUAUAACCCUGUGAAUAUUCCUGGGCAGCCAUAUUCCUGGGCCCUGUGCCCAUAUUCACGGGCAUGGGUGUCUCUCGGGGGUGUCAGCACUUCUUGA